UUUCCCAAUUACGUUUGAUAUGUUCAAGUUUGUGAUUUUGUUGUCAGUCGUUGCCUGCGCCUUCGGUGCUGCAGUUCCCGAGGGUCUGCUGCCCCAGCUGGAUGGACGCAUCGUUGGCGGCACCGCCACCACCAUCAGCAGCUUCCCCUGGCAAAUCUCGCUGCAACGUAAUGGCGGCCACUCCUGCGGUGGUUCGGUCUACUCUGCGAAGAUCAUUGUGACGGCUGCUCAUUGCCUGCAAUCCGUGUCCGCCUCCAGCUUGAAGGUGCGCGCUGGUUCCUCUUACUGGAACUCUGGCGGCAGUCUGGUUCAGGUUGCCGCCUUCAGAAACCACGAAGGAUACAAUGCCAACACCAUGGUCAACGAUAUUGCUGUCAUCCGCCUGAGCUCUUCACUCUCCUUCAGCUCGACCAUCAAGGCUAUUGGUCUGGCUACUUAUAAUCCUGCCAAUGGUGCUUCCGCUGCUGUCUCUGGCUGGGGUACUCUGUCCUCAGGCUCCAGCUCAAUUCCCAGUCAGUUGCAGUAUGUGAACUUGAACAUUGUCAGCCAGUCCAAGUGCGCCUCCUCCAGCUAUGGUUAUGGCAGUCAAAUCAGAAGCACCAUGAUCUGCGCCGCCGCCAGCGGCAAGGAUUCCUGCCAGGGUGACUCUGGUGGCCCACUGGUGUCCGGUGGUGUGCUUGUUGGUGUCGUCUCCUGGGGCUAUGGCUGUGCUUACAGCAACUAUCCUGGUGUCUACGCCGAUGUGUCUGUGCUCCGCUCCUGGGUGGUCAGCGCUGCCAACUCGAUCUAAAUAGAUCGGUCAAACGAUUUUAUAAUAUCUUCAAUAAAAAUCUUAGCAAAUGAAAAAAA